AUGCAGUCAUAUCUUUGUCUUCGCCACCUUAGGGAUAUACCUCUACGAUCGCCGCAUCCAUCGUUAUCGUACUUUUCAACAAAUUUUUCAGUGAGAUGUUAUUCAGGAUAUGCUACCAAUACCGUUACCUCCGCUUCAUAUAACCACCAAAGAUUUUACAGCGACAAAAAUAUUCGAGUAAGCGAUUUUAGAAGUGAUACUGUAACGUAUCCGACUGAUGAAAUGAUUGAUGCUAUGCGUAUGGCAUCAAGAGGUGAUGAUCUAUAUAACGAGGAUAAGACGACUAAAGAACUUGAAGCAUAUGUUGCCGAAUUAACAGGCCACGAAGCUGGGUUAUUUGCUGUAUCAGCCACUAUGGCAAAUCAACUCGCCAUUCGAACGCAUCUUACGCGACCACCACAUUCCGUUCUGCUAGACUUCCAUUCGCACAUCUACAAAUACGAAGCAGGUGGAUUAGCAUCCCAUUCUCAAGCACUAGCAAUCCCCAUCAAUCCCCUGAACAAAAGUCACUUAACCGCCCAAGAGAUAAAAUCAAACUUGAUUUCGAGUGACGACAUUCAUCAUGCUCCGACGCAUUUGGUUUGCCUAGAGAAUACACUCGACGGGGUUAUUUUUCCUUUUUCGGAGAUUGUGCAAAUCUCGAGAAUUGCACGUGAACGAGGGGUCAAAUUGCACUUGGAUGGGGCACGGUUAUGGAAUGCGUCAGCGGAAAAGGAAAUUUCGUUGAAGCAAUAUGGUCAAUAUUUUGAUUCGAUAACGUUGUGCUUGUCGAAAAGUAUUGGCGCGCCGAUUGGCUCGAUAUUGGUUGGGGAUCAAAAGUUUAUCGAUAAAGCGCGUCAUUUUCGGAAGCAGUUUGGUGGCGGUUGGCGUCAAUCAGGGUUACUAGCUGCUGCCGCAAAUUUUGCGAUCCGAAAAAGUUAUCCUGAUCUAAUAAAAGAGACACACACACUGGCACGUCAUCUCGCCAAUGGACUUCAAAGUCACGGUAUCCUUAUACUGAAACCAGUCGAUACAAACAUGGUUUUUAUCGACGUUAAGCCUAUCAAUUUAUCAAUUACACGAUUGAUGACAAAACUAAUGGAACACGACAUUUUGAUUGAAAAUAGCCCGGGAACCAUCACAAGAUUAGUGUUGCAUUAUCAAAUUACACGAGAAGCUAUCGAUAAAUUUCUCUGGAUUGUUGGUGAAUUGAUAACUGAAUAA